AUGGCCGGCAUUUCUCCCGAUGAGCUGAAGUAUAUGGAGGAGCAUGCCAGUGAUUCAAAGGUUGGGAACAUUAUUGCCAGUGUGAUUUCUUGCGGUUGUAUUGCCUAUUUCGCGGUUGGCCUCCGUUUCUAUGCUCGAAAUAUGGUGAAAUUCGGCGUUGGCCUUGAUGAUUUGGCCAUUCUCGCAGCUUUGAUAGUUUUCACUGGUUUCUUCAUUGGUUUCGCUUUAGGAACUCAAUGGGGGCUUGGCAAGCAUGCGAUUAGGGUUACAAAUGGAGAGUCUCUCGCAAAAUCGAAUAUCAGCGACGAAGUUACAUAUACCGUUGCGAUCGCCUUUGUGAAAUACUCCAUCUUGCUUUUGUACAGUCGCAUUUUCCCGAGCAAAGGGCUUCGAAUCGCCAUUAUCACCACGGCUGUUUUCAUUACCGCUUGGGCCUGUUCAUCCAUUUUCGGCAGUAUUUUUCAAUGUGUCCCUAUACGCUCACAAUGGGACCCCAGCGUUCAAGGGAAAUGUAUCAAUUACGGCAACUUCGUCUUAGCCAUCGGAAUCAUAAACAUCAUAUCCGAUUUCGUCAUACUGGUCCUACCAAUCCCUGUGAUUUGGUCUCUUAACAUGAAAAAGACUAAAAAGCUUCUAACGAUCUUUACACUGGUGGCUGGUUCAUUCGCAUGUGUCGUCAGUAUUGUUCGGCUGGCCUAUGCACAAUCAGUGGGAAGCACUGUUGAUGCUAGUUGGGAUGAUGUUGGUGGCGGAAUUCUCUCCUGUGUUGAGAUCUGUAUCGGCAUUUUAGCUGCAUGUGUCCCAACCUACCGGCCAAUCCUGAACCGAUUCACCAGGAGUCGAGACUACGGGAGUCACAGUAGAACGGGGGGUAUUGUUCAGACGACAGAUAUUCAUAUGCAUUCAGUCAGUCGCUCUGCUUUCAAGGAAGAUACAGAUAACAUUGCAUAUGUGAAUUCGGGUCCUAAGAGCUUUGGUGUCAAGCUAAGUGACACAAGCUCUGACAAAGAGAGACUAUACACAAUGCUCCCGGAAUAG